UGAGAGAAUGAAGAUCUCUGUGAGGUUUACGCUGUUGCUGCUGCUCGGCUCCGUCCCCCCAAGUGAAAGUACCGAUUAUCAGCAGACGUUUCCUCAAGACAUCUACGCUGUGCUGAGAGAGAUCACCGCCUCGUUGGUUCAACUGAAGGCUGACAUGAGGUUGCAGACUCAAGAACAAGCAGCACAGCAGAAGACUGAAGUGGACAAGCUGAAUAAACAACUGCAAGAACAAGCAGCACAGCAGAAGAGUGAAGUGGACAAGCAGAAUGUUGAAGUGGACAAGCUGAAGCAACAACAGCUAGUCCGACAGGUUGCAUUCUCAGCCUCUCUGCUGCCUGUAGGAGGCCAAGCAGCAUAUACUGGACCCUUUAACACGCCCACUACCCUGAUCUACAAAAACGUCCCCACCAACAUCGGAAAUGCCUACAACCCAACCACAGGUGUGUUCACUGCCCCGGUGAGAGGCGCGUACAACUUUGAGUGGACGGUCGCUGCACAUGGAGACGGCCACACAGCUGCUUGGUUGGUCAAGAACUCAGAGCAGGUUUUCAUUGCAUGGGAGCAUCAGGCGGCCGGUUUUAUGAGUGCUUCUAAUGGCGCUACGCUGCUGCUGGAGGUGGGAGACGUCGUGUUUGUGCGUCUGAGGGCUGGCACUAGGGUGUAUGACGAUGGACUUCACUUCAUCACCUUCAGUGGUCAUCUGCUGUUCCCCAUGUGAGACAGAAACAGCAGCUCUGUGAUAGUCACACAGGUUGUUGUUGUCUGAAACAAGUCUUCAUAGCACUUCAUAGAUUU